AUGUCUGAACUGCGCCGACGAUCAGCUCGUCUUCAAGCUGUUGAAGUAGCUCGAUCUAGGCAUGAAGAACAGAAAAAGGAUGAACCUACAGUUCCUAUACCCAAAACAACUAAGGGACGUCGUCGUUCUGAUCUUGUUAAAAUACCCAAAGAGCCUAUAAGACCCGUGACUCCGGAUGAAGGUGUUGUGAGCGAAGAGAAAGACAACAGUUAUUCCAAUUCUCCCAACAAAAAGCUGAUAGCGCCCAAAGCAGUUAAGCCCUCUGCUGUAAAGGCUCCUGCGAGGAAAACUCGGACGAAAAGCUCUGCAAACGCUAGUUCCCGCCUAUCUGAAGAUACUGAAGAUACGAAAGAAGAAAUGCCUAAAAAGCAGGAAACAAAAAGUAAAGCAAAAGCUCCAGCUUCAAAAGCUCCUGCUUCUAAAGCUUCUGCUUCCAAAGCCAAAUCCUCCGGAACAGCACGCUCCAGGGCGAAACGGGCGUUGGAAAAGAUCGAGGAUACUGAAGAAACAAAUGAGCCAGAGCCUCCAAAAAAAACCAAAGCUGAACUGAAGAUUGAGAAUGAUCCCAAAAAAGAAGAAUUGGAGGAGGAAGAGAAGCCUUCACAAUUGAUAGAGAGAGAAAAUGCGACUGAAGUUACCGUUGAUAAACAAGAAAUUGACGUAAAGCAAGAUGAAGAAGAGCAUGAAGAAAAGUAUGGAGAUGAAGAUGAGAAUGGUGAUGACGAAAGUAGCGAUAAUGAAGAUACUGAAGGAAUGGAUAGCUCUAUUCCUUUCGGAAAUGAAAGCGAAGAUGACUUCGUUCCACAAAAGAAAGUAGCUUCCAGUAAAACCCGCGCGAACCCAAGCACAAGCAGGAGCACAAGAAGACCACGCGCAUCUGCUGUCAAAGCUCGUAAAGGAUUUACUGUAAAACUGAACGAUAGUCAAGAUUCUCUAUCCAGUUCAUCCUCAUCCGAUGAUAGUGAAGUCAGCGAGUUUAAUACUGAUGUAGAAGAGGAGAUCCAGAAAGCUCAAGAGGGCACCGAUGAAGACAUUUCUUUCGGUAAUGAUGCAGAUGAGGAAAUAGCGGAAGAAGUUAAUGAUUUGGCUGAUGAUGACGACGAAGAUGAUUUUGUUCCGAAAAAUCCACGCAGGAGGGGAGGACCAACGCAAAAACGAGCUUCCUCUAAUCGUGCAAGCUCAUCGAAGUCUAAAUCGAGUGGUCCAAGCAGUGAGAACUCAUACAUUGUUUAUAAAUUUUCUUUGUUCAAUGCAGAAUCAUCAAAUAGGACCAAAACAGUUUCUCGAAACAGCAAUCGUAGUUCAAAAGCUUCUAAAGCUCCAUCUGGACGAACUCACCUACAGAAGAAAACUGCUCAGCCUUGGCAGAAAAAUAUUUCAUAUGACGAUCCCCGUUCUGGCCGUAAGAUGUCCAAGGGUGAGAGAAAAAUGCUGGAAUUCAGGCAGCACUCGUGUAUGCUGGCUUCUGGAAGGCUUUAUGAAAUGACAAUGGAAGAAGCCGCCGAGAUAGUUCAAAGCUUCCGUGAGCAAGCUCGUAAAAUUAAAGAGACAUUGAUUUUGGAGGGCAACAGUGAAAAACCUGAGGCAGAAGCUAAUUCCUCUUCGGAAGAUGAAUGGGAGGAGAUGGAAGCUUUCGACAACACUGAUAUCACUACAAGAGUGGAAGUUACUGUUGAGAAACAAAAAGCGGAACCUGACUGGUGGGCGUUUUAUUUACGACAAGAAGUCAAUAAAUGUAUCCGAGAAAAUUGGGAAAACACUCAUAAGGCUCAUCUUCUGUGUUAUAUUGCUCACUUACAACAUAUUCAUAAAACUGUUACAGUUGAAACCCUUAUACCAUCUCUCUUACUAACCCAGACUACUGGUGAACUGAGAUCAUGUAUAGGGGAACCUUCGACUCUGAAAACAAUUAAGAAAAUCAUUAACUGGUACACAUCCACUUACAAGCCUACUCUUGAUGAUAUAGGAGUUGAUCAAACUGUUCUAGAUGAUGUAAAUUAUCGUGAAACUGCUCAUUAUGCAGCAUUAGUUACUGCUCAAAAAUAUGAAACUGAUUUGGAGAGAACAGCGUUGCUUUUUGCGCUAUUCUGUUCUUUUGAUUAUAUAUGUCGCGUCUGUGUCAAUGUUAGACCAAUCGCCCGAUCUUGGAACCUGGAGACCAUCGAGAAGUACAUUGAGUUGAAAGAGAACUUUAAUAAGAAGAGUUUGCAUGCGAACAGAGAUAUCCAAGAUUACUGGGUAGAAGUAUGGGAGAGCAAACUGAAUCGCUGGAUUUGUGUGAAUCCCACUACUUCAGUUAUUGAUGAACCUAAUGGGAUUGAAGCUCUCAUCCGUGAGCCUAUUUCUUAUGUGUUUGCGAUUGAUAAUCAUAGAGGAGUUCGGGAUGUUACUGCAAGAUAUGCUAGCGAUUAUGUCAAGCCUUACUUCCGUCGUCGUCGAUGUGAUAAACCGUGGUUGAUCCAAACUUUGCGAAAAAAGACUCUCAUCGCCAAUAGAGAAAGGUCCCAACUUGAAGAUGUUCAUUUCAAAACUGAGUUGGUUAUGCGGCCGUUGCCAACUUCUUUAGCUGAGUUCAAGAACCAUCCUCUAUAUGUCUUGGAGAAAGAUUUAUUGAAAUUUCAAGCACUGUACCCUCCUAUUGAAAAACAGAAACCUAUUGGAGCUGUCAAAGGGCAUAAUGUUUAUCCUCGUGACACAGUAUAUACUUUACAAAAUGAGAAACGUUGGGAGAAAAUGGCUCGAAGUAUCAGAAAAGGUGAAAAGCCUUACAAGACUGUAAAAGCUCUGACUGAUCCUCGUAUUCCGGUUGAAGAAAGAGAGCAACUGUAUGUCGGAAUUUAUGGCUACUGGCAGACAACUCCUUUCAAACCUCCCGCUGUUAAAAACGGUAAAAUACCUAGGAAUGAGUUCGGGAAUGUGUACAUAUAUCAACCUUCAAUGGUCCCCAUCGGCACUGUUCAUCUCCGCUUGAAUGGGUUACCCAAUAUCGCCAGAAAAUUGAAUAAGGAAUGUGCUCCUGCCGUUGUUGGCUGGGAUUUCCACAGUUGUAGUAAUUAUCCAAUUGUUGAAGGAGCCUGCGUUUUGGAGAAGGAUGCUGAUUUGUUUGUAAAAGAAUGGAACAGACAAGAAGAAAUCAGGAUAGAAAAAGAGGCAAAGAAACAACGUGAUCACGCAUAUGAAAAUUGGAAAAAAUUGAUUAAAGGAAUGCUGCGUUUGCAUUAUGUCAAGACUCGCUUCGGAGCUGUUGACCAGGUCGCACCGAAAAAAGGAAAGAAGUCGCAGAAAACGGAAGAGAGCACUGCAUGUGAUGAUGCUCCACCUGUAUCUACGAUUAUCGAUAGAACCAAACAAGCCUCUACUGUAGAAUUUACCCUGGACCGUCUAACCAAGUUUUAA